AGAGAGUGGGCGGCGGCCGAGGGGCAAACUGGGUUGGUUUGGGGAGACUGGGCGGCGAGGGCAAAGAGGCAUAUGGAACUGUUCCUGGGCGCUGUACUAAGCGGCCCGCCACCCUCCAGGACAGAGGCGGACGGAAUCUUGCAGGAAGAUGCGUUAAGUAGAUCCAAGGAACCCGCAACCCUUCUCCUUCCUCCUUCUCCCCCAUCCACCCCUGGUUUCCAGGGAGCCACCCACGGGACCCCCAAGUGAAACCCAGUGCGCGGUGGCUUGGGGUGUGGGGUGGGGGAAGCACCGUUGCGGGGCUUCCUCUUAAACUCCUCCAACUCCCGGUCCUAACACUCUCCUUCCCGCCUCCUCCGCUUGCCCUGGCCAGGGGCACAGGGCAAGCCCGCCGGGAGGCCGAGCCGCGCGGAAGCUGGAUCAGCGAGCAUCUGGUGGAGGCGUCCUCCGGUAGCCGGGUCUCAGGCCUCGGGGAAAACUCGGAACGCAGCGCGCGGCCCCGCCGGGCGCUGGAAGCCGGCCAGGGGCGCAGGGCCGCGCGCCCGGCUGCUCUAGGUUGUCACCGCCGGCGGGAGGAACGCCCAGCUCCCCGGAGCUCUCCAGGCGUGCCCGGCGGUCCUGCAGGCUCAGGGCGGUGUCCCUGGAGGCCUGGGCACUAGGGUUCCCUGGGGCGCGUUCCUCCGGCCUUCCCGGAGGACCUGGGUGGAAAGCGGGAGGCAGAGCGCGGCUGGAGAGGAAGCUUCGGGACUCUGGGGCCAGGACGGCCUGCGGGCCCGGGGCGCGGGGCCGGGAAGCCCUGGGCGGAGGUCGAGCGGGCAGGCAGGAGCGCGGGGGGCGUGGGCUCAGGCGAGCGCGGAAACGGGCUCUCGGCAAAGCUGCGGGACCCCGUUUGUUCCAGGGCGCGGAGGAGGAGCCUGAACUUGCUUUUUGCAAAGCUGCCUGCACCGUCAGCUCUUUCCAGAGCCGCUGAAAGGGAAGACGCGUUCAGGCUUAAGAGCCUCUCUGUGUCGAAGUCCUGUGAAGGAUGGAAAAGCUGGGGGAUAUGGGAUGUCCCUGUGGGCGUGUGAGCAGAUGCAGCGCUUAUGAUCAGAGGUGUCCUGGGCGCACGCACCCCGACAAGAUGCCCGCGCGGGCGCCGUGGCGAGCCCUCUCCGUGGUGCUGAUCCUGGUCUGGGGACACCCGCGUGCCGGGCUGGCCUGUCCGCACCCCUGUGCCUGCUACGUGCCCAGCGAGGUGCACUGCACGUUCCGCUCGUUGGCCUCCGUGCCCGCUGGGAUUUCUAAACAUGUGGAAAGAAUCAAUUUGGGGUUUAAUAGCAUCCAGGCUUUAUCGGAAACCUCGUUGGCAGGGCUGACCAAGUUGGAGCUGCUUAUGAUUCACGGCAAUGAAAUUCAAAGCAUCCCUGACGGGGCUUUAAGAGACCUCAUCUCACUCCAGGUUUUCAAGUUCAGCUACAACAAGCUUCGCGUGAUCACCGCACAGACCCUGCAGGGGCUCUGGAGCUUACUGAGGCUACACUUAGACCACAACAAGAUCGAGUUUAUCCACCCGCAGGCGUUCAGCGGCUUAACCUCCCUAAGGCUGCUCCACUUAGAGGGAAACGUGCUUCACCAGCUGCACCCAGACACGUUCUCCACGUUCUCGUUCCUGGAUCACUUCCGGCUCUCCACCAUCAGACACCUCUACCUAGCCGAGAACGAGCUGAAGACGCUGCCCCCCAGCCUGCUGCAGAAUAUGCCUCUGCUGGAGAACCUUUACCUGCAGGGGAAUCCGUGGUCCUGUGACUGUGAGAUGAAAUGGUUUCUGGAAUGGGACGCGAAAUCCAAAGGGAUUCUGAAGUGUAAGAAGGACAAAGCCUACGAAGGCGGUCAGCUCUGCGCCACCUGCACCAGCCCCAAGAAGCUGCACAGACAGGAGAUUCAGAAGCUGAAGGACGUCACCUGUCAGAAGCCGCUCAUAGCGUCCCCUCUGAGGCAGAACAGGAGCCGAGGCAGCGAGGAGGAGCCGGAGCAGGAGGAAGAUGGUGACGACCACGUGGCCCUGGAGUCGCUCCAGGUCCCCCGCUGGAACGUCUCCCUCAACAUGAGCGACGAGCACGGGAACACGGUCCACUUGCUCUGCACCAUCAAGAGGCCCACGGACCUGCAGCAGCUCCAUCUGAACCAAACAGACCCGCAGGAGAUAGAGCUCAACGCCACUCUCGCCCUGGACUUCGAGUGUCCCAUGACGCGAGAAAACUACGAGAGACUGUGGAAGCUGAUCGCCUAUUACAGCGAGGUCCCCGUGAAGCUGCACCGCGACCCCGCGCCUGACCAAGACCCCAGCCUCGGCUCCCAGUACAGGCAAGAUGCUGAUGACGACACCCUGUAUUACACGGGCGUCCGAGCCCACAUCCUUGCCGAACCGGAGUGGGUCCUGCAGCCGUCCGUGGACCUCCAGCUCAACCGGCGACAGAGUACGGCCAAGACGGUAGUGCUCGCCUAUGCGUCCCGGUAUUCUCUCACCAUGCCCGCCAAGGACGCAAGGCCGUCUCGGAGCCGGAGCUGGGUCAUGAUCGAGCCUAGCACGGCCGUGCAGAGAGCCCAGACGGUCUUGGAAGGGAGCCCGUGCCAGCUGAGCUGCAACGUCAAGGCUUCCGAGAGGCCGUCCAUCUGGUGGGUGCUGCCGGAUGGCUCCGUCCUGAAAGCGCCCUUGGAGGACCAGGACGGCAGGGUCUCCAUCCUCACUAGCGGCUGGCUGAAGAUCAAGUCCACGGAGCCGUCAGACGCUGGUCUAUACCAGUGCAUCGCGCGGGUGAGGGACGAAGUGGAUCGAAUGGUGUACAGGGUUCUUGUGCAGCCUCCCGCCCCUCCAGCCCCCGAUGGGCAUACAGUGACCAUUCAGAAGAACCCAGGCGAGCCAGUGACACUGCCUUGCCACGCACUGGCCGUACCCGAAGCCCAGAUCAGCUGGGUCCUGCCCAACAAAAGGAUCAUAAAUGACAUGGCUAACACGUCCCACGCAUACCUGCUGGCCGACGGGACUCUUUCCAUCCCCCGGGUCCAAGGCAGCGACAGCGGCUACUACAGAUGCGUGGCUGUCAACCAGCACGGGGCCGAUCAUUUCACCGUGGGGGUCGCGGUGCAUAAGAAGGACUCCGGCAGGUCGUCGAAAAGGGGCCGGCGCCCAGGGGGGAAGACACUGGCCAGAGGAAGGGGGGACGUGGCGGAAGACGAAGGGGGAUCUGGCUUAGGAGAGGAAGAUCACGCACCGAGGAGAGGUCUCCACCCAAAGGACCAAGAGAUGUACAUCCAGACCAAGGACGACACGGUCCCCGGAGGUACGAAACCCAAGAAGGGGAGGAGGAAACUGAAGCCCUGGAAGCUGUCCGAAAAAGAGCCCGAGACAAAUGUUGCAGAAGGUCGCAGAGUCUUUGAGUCCAGGCGAAGGGUCCACAUGGCCAACAAACAGAUUAAUCCGCAACACUGGGCAGACAUUUUAGCCAGAGUACGUGGGAGAAACCCACCGAAGGGAACAGAGGUUCCCCAGGUCCUUAAAGCCACCACUCCGCCCUCAGGGAGCCCAGAAGUGACAUCCAUCUGGCCGGCUGCCCCUCCCCCCUCAGGAGCACCCGUGUGGACCAAAACCAGUGCCGAAGAGUCCUCGGGGGACCUGUCUCUCUUCGAGGAGGAAGAGCAGGUUGCUGGCACUGUUUUCUCACCCGGGAUGGUUCUGCUGGAACCCGGCCCACAGGGAGUAACUGUGGCCACACCCCAAGUGACAAGCAUCCACCCGGAAGAACUGAUUGAUGAGGACUUUACAGAGAAGGGCAAGGACGCCCCUGCCACCGAAGUGGACUUGGGGUGGGCUCCCGCCACCACAUCCCUAUCGGUGCCUCGUGAAUCCUCUCCGACCGUGCAGACCCUGGCCACGGUCGGCGAAGAGCCCACCCAUGGAAGCCUAGGCACCGAGGGCAGGUCGACACCGGAUGCCGGGUCUGUGCCAGAGCCCACCUCAAAUGCAUCUGAGCCGCCCUCCAGCGCCAUCCCCCACGCUGCAUCCAAGAAUGUGCCCUACGCUCCCUCAGAGCCCGAGACCCAGUCGCCACAGGAUGCAAAUGAAAUGAACGAUCUGACCUCCUCAGGUUUUACUGCAGCCCCGACCUUGGGGGUUGCUGACUCCAAGACCUUUGAGCCAUUUGAAGACCACAGUGUCAGAGAAACCCUUGUGCCAGCCCAAACGUUUCUACAAGGACACAGUGACACCCGGCAGCUAGUGAGCAAUUUAAGCGCGCAAGGCCACCCGCGGGUGAGACAGGGUUCACAGGAGGAUGCUCAGACAGUGCGGAAAGAAGGGGUGCUAGACAGAGACCCUGAAAAAUUCGGAAAUCCUGAGAAUCGCAGGCAGGGCCAGGUACCUUCCACCCUCCUAGACGCUGCCCUGGAGGUCAUGAGCAAUGUCACUGCCUGGAAGCAUCCCAAGGAAACCACGCGAUUGGACGAGGCUGCCACCACGGUCGCCAUGCUGGCGCCCACCCAGAGAAGCCCUGCUCCAUCAGCGCCGACCACUCACCCUUCUCGAAGGAGACCCCACGGCAAGAAGCGGGUACGCACGCACCGAUUACGACAGCGGCAGAAACAACCCCCGCCCACGACGUUGGCCCCUGUGGAGACUUUUUCUACUCCACCCACUCGGGUACCGGAAGGGGCGGUUCCGAAGCAGGGGGACAGCUUGCCCGUCCCCACGCCUUGGCUGGAGAGCACUGUCCAUACCCCUCCGCAGCUGGACGCGCGGAGGCCCGCGGAGCCCGUACCCAAGGAGCCCCCCCGCAAGAAGCACGGGAAGCGGCCGAAUAAACAUCGCUACGUGACAGCGACCGCGAGCCCCACGGCGCCUGUGUCCCCAACCAGCCCUUUCCCAAAAAAUAAAGGCGUUCCUACCCCCACUUCACAAGCUGUGCUUCCAGCGACAACCGUUUCUCUCCCAACCGUAGACCUGCCUAGAGGAUCCAGAAUGGAAGGUGACCAUACAACCCGCGUAGAAAUCCGCUUCUCCCCAGAUCAGCUGCAGGAGGCAAGUCCACUCACCCACGAGCCUGUACCCCCUGGAAAAGAAGUGGAGAAUCUUGGUGUCGCCAACAUCGAUGACUAUAAAACGGGCAGUCCGGUCCCUGGCGAGUCAGUGGGUCACACGGUGUCACCGUUGGGCGCCACAGUCUCCAGCGGGGGCGAAUUUAAAGAAGCAUCUAAACCUUCUGGCUUCCCAGGAACCCCAGGCUGGAACCCCCCAGGGGCAGCCCAGCCUGAAGGGCUCCUGACCGACCGACCUGCUCCAGGAUCUUCGGAAGCUCUUACGGACUCACCCUUCUUCCAAGAGGGGGAGGACCCAGCGUUUCCUUCAGAGUUUGCACCUUCGGUUGCCGUGUCUACACUGUUGCAGCCGGAAGAAUGGGUUCCUUCGCCGACGCUCCCGGGCCUCAAAGUCGAGGCGUCUUCAAGUCCAGCGGAAGCCAGCAUCAGUGAUCAGAGCGAUCACGCAGCCCGUCCAGCUACCCUCCGUCCUGAAGGUGGACCUCAGCCUUGGGUCUCUCCACCUGUCCCCGUGCGGGAGCCCGCCUCCCCCCUCCUGCCCACCGCUCUCGCGUCCCUGGCACACACCACGGCACAGCCCGCGCCUCUUACAUCUAAAACAUCGCCAGCAUCAAGCACGUCCAAAGAAAACCUUCUCUCCGGGGAUGGGAGGACCCCGGAGACCACAACGCCGUCGGUGAAGAAGCAGGGAACGCAGCCUACGGGGAAACCAGAUCGGGUAUCCACGCCCUCUCCCGUCCUGGACAAAUGGAAUGUCACCCCUAAGCCAGUGUCCGGAAAGGAAGCCCCGGAUGGCAGAACCGAAAGCCUUCUUCCCCGGCUCCCGGAGAGCCGCCAGGAGGCUGGCAGAGCCCAGGUUUUCCAGCCACCCCCCCGAGUCCCCACCAAACCGGUCCCAUCAAGAGAGACGGUGAGGCCACCGCAGACCACACAAGGCUCCCUGAGAUACUUUGUAACUUUCCAGCCCCCUCGUCACACGACCAACAGACCGGAAAUGACGGCGCAUCCGUCCAGGGUUCCGCUGGCAAAUGAACGCUUCACGACGCCCACGUUACCAGGUCCGACCUCUCCUGUGGUUCCGCUGCACGGGUCCAAACCUAGCGCUCCCGGUACCACCGCCCGAGGCCCGCACAGAGCCCACGGCAGCUCCACAUCGCUAGGCGAUAACCACCUCCCGGACCUAAGAGCCCCCGCUGGCAAGCUGCCCCAUCCCAGAGCCCCUCCUGCCAGUGGGAGGCUCCCUUUCUUCCUCAAUAGGACGCUCUCUUUCCCACCGUUGGGAGCUACCCCCAAGCCCCCGACACCCGCCUCUCCCGCACUGGUGACGAGAGACCAAAAAGUCCACCCAGGUUCCUCCCAUAGGCUUCAUUCUCAGAGCAUCGCUCAGGUCGACCUCGGUCCUCCGGCGCCUCCGCUGUUGCCCGCUCCCCGGACCACAGCCCCCCCCUCCACGAACGUCCGGAACCUUCCUGCGGUCUCCUCCACCCGGAGCUCCGUCCCUUUCCUGACGCCUUCCGCCCAGCCCUCCAGAAGCGUCCAUCACAGCAGCCUCAAGCUCUUCUCUGCUGCAGGACCACCCGCAUCCAAAUUCUGGACCCUGGGGGAGAAGCCCCACAUCGUCACCAAGUCUCCUCCCUCUGUGACUGUCACCGCGGAGACAGACGUUGUGUUCCCUUGUGAGGCAACAGGCCAACCCCAGCCUUUUGUGACCUGGACAAAGGUGUCCACAGGCGCUCUCAUGACCCCAAACACCAGAGUGCAGCGGUUUGAAGUCCUGAAGAAUGGCACUUUCGUCAUCCGAAACGUGCAGGUGCAGGACGGGGGCCAGUACAUGUGCACCGCCAAAAACCUGCACGGAGCCGACAGGAUGGUAGUCCUGCUGACCGUGGCCGUGCAGCAGCCCCAGAUCCUGGCGUCCCACUACAAGGAUGUCACCGUCUACCUGGGGGAUACCAUUGCCAUGGAGUGCCUGGCCAAGGGGACCCCCGCUCCCCAGAUCUCCUGGAUUUUCCCCGACAGGAGGGUGUGGCAGACCGUGUCCCCCGUGGAAGGCAGGAUCACGCUGCACGAAAACCGGACCCUGUCCAUCAAAGAGGCGUCCUUCUCGGACAGAGGCGUGUACAAAUGCGUGGCCAGCAACGCAGCGGGCGCGGACAGCCUGGCCAUCCGCCUGCACGUGGCGGCCCUGCCCCCGGUCAUCCAGCAGGAGAAGCUGGAGAACAUCUCGGUGCCGCCGGGGCUCAGCAUCCACAUCCACUGCACGGCCAAGGCGGCGCCGCUGCCCAGCGUGCGCUGGGUGCUGUGGGACGGGACGCAGAUCCGCCCCUCCCAGUUCCUCCACGGCAACCUCUUCGUCUUCCCCAACGGCACCCUCUACAUCCGCAACCUGGCGCCCAAGGACAGCGGGCGCUACGAGUGCGUGGCCGCCAACCUGGUGGGCUCGGCGCGGAGGGCGGUGCAGCUGUCGGUGAUGCGCGCGGCCGCCAACGCGCGCAUCACCGGCACGUCGCCGCAGAGAACCGACGUCCGCUACGGGGGGACCCUCCGGCUGGACUGCAGCGCCUCGGGGGACCCCUGGCCGCGCAUCCUCUGGAGGCUCCCUUCCAAGAGAAUGAUCGACGCGCUUUUCAGCUUUGACACCAGGAUCAAGGUCUUUGCCAAUGGGACCCUGCUGGUGAAAUCUGUCACCGACAAGGAUGCAGGCGAUUACCUGUGCGUCGCCCGGAAUAAGGUAGGGGACGACUUCGUCAUGCUCCAGGUCAACGUGGUCAUGAGACCAGCCAAGAUCGAGCACAAAGAGGAGAAUGACCACAGGGUCUUCUACGGGGGCGACCUCAAGGUCGACUGCGUGGCCACCGGGCUUCCCAACCCCGAGAUCUCCUGGAGCCUCCCCGACGGGAGCCUGGUCAACUCCUUCAUGCAGUCCGAUGAUGGCGGCGGGCGCGCCAAGCGCUACGUGGUUUUCAACAAUGGGACACUCUACUUUAACGAGGUCGGUAUGCGCGAGGAGGGGGACUACACCUGCGUGGCCGAAAACCAGGUUGGCAAGGAUGAGAUGACCGUGCAUGUGAAGGUGGUGACCGAGCCCCCCACCAUCCGCAACAAGACGUACUCCGUGGUCCAGGUCCCCUACGGGGAUGUGGUCACCGUGGCCUGUGAGGCCAAAGGGGAGCCCACACCCAGGGUGACGUGGCUCUCGCCCACCAACCGGCUGAUCCCUGCCUCCUCCGAGAAGUACCAGAUAUAUCCAGAUGGCACGCUGCUGAUCCAGAAAGCCCAGCGCUCGGACAGCGGCAACUACACCUGUGUGGUCAGGAACAGUGCCGGAGAGGACCGGAAGACGGUCUGGAUCCACGUCCACGUGCAGGCGCCCAGGAUCAACGGGAACCCCGACGCCAUCACCACAGUGCGGGAGAUCGCCCCAGUAGGCAGUCGGAAACUCAUUGACUGCCAAGCAGAAGGCACCCCCAUGCCGAGGGUCUUGUGGGCUUUCCCUGAGGGUGUGGUCCUACCCGCCCCUUACCAUGGCAACCGGAUCACCAUCCACGGCAACGGGACCCUGGACAUCCGGCGUCUGCGGAAGAGUGAUUCAGUCCAAUUGGUGUGUAUCGGGCGCAAUGAGGGUGGGGAGGCCAGGCUGAUUGUCCAGCUUACUGUCCUGGAACCCGUGGAAAAGCCCAUCUUCCACGACCCAGUCAGCGAAAAGAUCACCGCCAUGGCCGGACACACCAUCAGUCUCAACUGCUCUGCAGCCGGGACCCCGACGCCCACCCUGCUCUGGGUCCUCCCCAACAAGACAGAGCUCCGGAGUGGCCAGCAGCUGCAGCGGUUCUACCACAAGGGCGACGGCAAGCUCCACAUCAGUGACCUUUCAUCCGUGGACGCGGGGGCUUACCGCUGCGUGGCCAGGAACUCGGCGGGCUACACAGAGAGGCUGGUCUCCCUGAAGGUGGGGCUGAAGCCUGAGACCAGCAACCGGUACCACAACCUCAUCAGCAUCAUCAACGGGGAGACCCUGCACCUGCCCUGUGCACCCCCGGGGGGCCGGCAGGCGCGGUCCUCUUGGACGCUGCCCAACGGCCUGGUUUUGGAGGGCCCCCAGGCCCGGGGACGCUUCACCCUGUGGGAGAACGGCACCCUCACCGUGCGGGACGCCUCGGUGUUCGACAGGGGGACCUACGUGUGCAAGGCAGACACAGAGUACGGCCCCUCGGUCGCGAAUGUUCCAGUGAUCGUGAUCGCCUACCCUCCCCGCAUCACCAGCGAGCCCACGCCUGUCAUCUACACUCGGCCUGGGAACAUGGUGAAGAUUAACUGUAUGGUCAUGGCCAUUCCCAAAGCCGAGAUAACAUGGGAGCUGCCGGAUAAGUCCCUUCUGAUGGCAGGAACCCAGCCCCGUCUCUACGGGCACAGGUUCCUCCACCCACAGGGAUCGUUAACCAUCCAGCAGGCCACCCAGAGGGAUGCCGGCUUCUACAAGUGCUCUGCGAAAAACAUCCUGGGCAGUGACUCCAAAACAACGUACAUCCACGUCUACUGAGACGCCAGGCGGAGAACGCAGACUCUGUGGUGCUUGCUUAGGGAGUUGGAACCAAGCCUCCUUUGGAAGGAAAGCUGGGGCUGGAGAGUUGGAGCUUUACAAGGAUUCGUCCUAAGAGGUGGUGGCUCUCCUUCUUGGCUUUCAGGCUUGCCUUGACCUUGACCUAAGCUUAUUGAGGAAAGGAAGCAAGACAGACACUGGAGGGAGGGGUCAGCCUCUCUGGUGUGUGUGUGUGUGUAUGUGGUGGAGGGGUGUUGGGGGAGACUUUUUUUCAUGUUUACAAAACACCAUAUGCUCUUGCCUUGUCUUUCACCAGACUUGAGCACAAACCGAAAUUUCUGGGUUGGCCUGAACCACCCUGACACCUGAAGGAGUAUCUGGAUGGUGUCCAAGGCAUAUUUGCCAAAAAUAAGCUGUACACAUGCACAGUGCCUUCCUGCCGCACCCCCCGACACACACACACACUGGUUAACCUGUCACAGUUUUCACAUGAUAGAAUGUUCUAGAAUGAGUCCCCAUCUUUCUGUUUUUCCCUCCGUCACUUCACCACGCCAGCUUGCCACCUCCCCCCCACCCUCAACCAAGGGCUGAGAACCAAAGUGAUUGAUUUUAUUUUAUUUUGUUCACAUCCAAGUUUGAUACAGCACAGCUCCCAUUUUAUAGGGAAGAUUACGUUCUCCCUGGAAUUCACUUUUUUAUAUAAUGUUUUAUUAUAUAUAUAUUUUUUUCUUUCUAGUCAGACAGUGAGAGUAGAAAGAGAAAGACAUCCUUUCUGUCUCUUUUAAAAGAAUAAAUUAUUGGUCUUUGCAAGACUUGGAUACAUUAGGGCAGGCGUGGAAAUGUAAUUACAAAAAUACUUUCUUCCCCAACUUCCUUCCAAUCCAUUAAGCACUAUUAUAUUACCUUUCCCAGGAACCCACCAGUGGAGGAGGCUUAGAUAUUGGAUUUCUUUGUCUUAUCCCCUGGGAGCUGUGGUGGGGGAGAUGACAGGAAAGGAAGAAGUGAGCUAAGUCGUGACCCCACAGAAUAAAUCCAUAAUCUUCCUGAGAAACCCAGAAAUAUCUCCCUUCCUGUCACACUGUGUCCAUAGAAAGAUCUGUUAUUUCCAUGACUGCUUUACUGUAUUUUUAAGGUCAACACAAUGUACAUUUGAUAAUAAAAUAAUAUUUUCCAAAGAA